AAUAUCUGAAAAUGCUUUGAGUGCAUUUUGCGUCUAAGUCAGUUGCGCAUUGUUAAACUUUCAAAGUUAUAGACACGUUGUGCUGAGCAGCUUCCUAAAGGGUACAGCCGUAUAGAUUUAAGUUUCUUACCGAAAAAACUGCAGGUGAGUUCAUCGAAAUGUUGCUAAAUUGUUGUGACGAAAUGAGCCGAAAUUUGACCAUGAAGUUUAUUUCAAAGCAUGCAUCCAUACACUAAUCGGAAUAGCUCUAAACUUUUGAUUUAAGCCACAAAAUCAGAGAUUGCAUUCCUACAGUAGCAUGUCUUCUGUACUUCAUUUGUUACUCCCCUGAGAGGAACUAAACCGAUAAGUGGUGGUUUACUCGUGCGGUUCAAUGACUGUGAUAAAUAAACGACGACGGCCGGACGUUGUGUCGAAAACGAACCUUCCACUCCUUCGAUGCGUUUCUUUAAGAAGUUCACUCAUUGCUGAAUUCAUUUUUAUGCUUUUUACUGGAACCUUUUCCCUGCGAAGUAUGUGCUUUCGAUCGAGAGACAAAGCGGAUCAUUCACUAAUAACCACGGCCUGUAGUGAGCUCCUCAACACUCAGUUAACAAAUAUCAAGAAGUAGCGGAGAUCAUAAGCGAAACUGUUGAGUGUGGAACCCUCGGCGCAGUGAUACCUGAAUGUAACCGACACUGUUUAGAAGCGAUUGUUUGAAAUAUCACCGCACUACAGAAUUUAUUCUGAUUUGAGACUUUUUGUAGCAAGUUUUCAUGUGGGAAGUAUACGCUUUCGAGAGAAGAAUGGAUCAUGAAGAUCACUCUACACUGAAAUGAGUAUGGAAGCGAAAGCUCGUCUAUAGCUUAAUUAGACUGUCAGGAACUCGAAAGCGAAACUGUUCAAGCGGAAGAGCUCCAGAAGUUUUUUCGUUUAGGUUAGAAGUUCUCCCUGUUGUUGUUUUCAAGUUUUUUUCUUUUUUUUGCUUAAUGUUCAGGAUUUGGGACAAUUUUGGUUCUCAAAGUCAUACAGACAUAAAAAAAUUCUAGGAAAGUCUGUCAUGACAGUUGAACCGUAAAGGCCGGCUUUACAAAGAUUUAUUUUUAGAAAAUUUCAACCGCAAUGAUUAUGCCUGAGGCAGACACGAAACUUUCAUUUUCGAUUUUACCUUGAAUCUUCGGCAACUCGCAAUGCAAUGUUUCAUGCAAUCUUGCGUCCUAGCCUCUUGAAGGCUCUGCAUCAUUAAACAAUAUUUCUAUAUGUUUUAUCGUCAAUGUCAACCGGCAAGCUCUUUGAAAACUCUUCCCCAGAUAAAUGACUCCUUAACAAUGCUUUUAAAGAAUUCUUCGAAUUCUGCUUCGAGACCUUUUUAAUUUGUAUCUCAGUUUAUACACAGUCCAUCACAGACCAAAGAACAGACUUAGAAACUUACGAAAAUGAAAAUGUUGGUAUCUGAAAAUUCAUCUGCCUGCCAUGGUUUGAAAGUGAAGAGUUUUUUUUCUGUGUGCGUGAGCGUCUGUACGUAAACAACUUCAUGCAAAUACUGUCCUGUGUAUUUGCACAAUUUUGUGUAGAAGUUCCUGUUAGCAGGCUGUUAUAUUCGUGAAUUCCUUCCUCCCAAAACAUUUUUGCUCCGUAUCAAAAUGAAGUGCAGAUGAAGAACAUUUCAUGACAACAAAUGAUCUAGCUUAUCUCAAGCAUAUCGGACGAUGUUUUUACUCUAAUGCAAAUUCAAACAAAAGGUACAAGAUUAAAUUUCGUCAGUAUUAAGACAGGAGAUGUAUAGCGACCUUUCCUGUGAAUUAAAGUCGUUUUCGAACUACGGCCGCGUAUUUGGAAAAUAUUUCACAGUGAAAUUAGCACAAGUCAAGAAGAAUAAAUGCGAGUGAGCCGACAUAAUGCUCAUUUCUUAGGACAGAAAAACUCGAUUUACUGUGCUACACAUUUUUCUCACAAUUAUAUUUUAAAUUCAUUUGGUAUUUUAUGUUCCUAGAUCAAGUAGUCUUGACUUUUCUCAUGAUGAAGAUAAGCUUCCCAUUAGCACUGCUCCUUCAAAUUCUAUUCCUGUCUGCCGUAUUUCAACUCAUCAAUGGACAAGGGGGAUCCUGUGAACAGACGUCGAACACGACCCGAUCUCAAAUCUGCCUGACAGGAGUGUGUGAUCUUCAGUGCGGAAAUACUGCGGACUAUUCUCAAUGUGACCAGGUUUGCGUGGUGGAACCUUGCCCAAAUAUCAGCUGCAACUCUUCAAGUUGUUAUCAGCGAUGCCUGUCAGGAAAGUGUAAUUCAGUUGAAUGUUCCGGCGACGAUUGCACCCAGACUUGCCUCAGAAACUGCUCCCUGGUGAACUGCACUGCAACAUCGAAGUGUACUCAACACUGCGAGAAGGGAAACUGUGGCUUACUCGCCAGCGGUGCAGACGUAGUUCAAAAUUGCGCCGAGAAUUGCUCACAUGUGGAAUGUAAGGCUGACAACUGCAAGCAAGGCUGCGAGGGGGAGAGGUGUGGACUCGAGUGCUCCAAAGGUAAGUCCUUUGAAAAAGAAAAAGAAGAAGAAGAAGAAAAGAGGAAGAAUAAGCAGGAUAAAAGGGAAAAAAAAAGGGCUACAAAUGAGCUCAGGUGGCUUUUGACAUCGCUGAUCCUAGGAGCAGACAGGCCGCUUGUCGCAUGUAAAUCCAGUAUAGAACGUAACUUACUGUUAGUUCUCCUCAUAGUUCAGUUAUUAGUGCAUCCGAAUGUGAAAUUGGAACAAGCUAAAUUCAAAAAAUUAUUUUUACGAUCUCUUAUAGGUACCAAGGACUGUACACAGAGUUGCAAAGGGCCUUGCAAAAUUCAGUGCGAAGCUUCAAAGUGUGAAAGUAAUUGCAUAGGAGGCAGCUGCAACUUGGAGUGCACGAACAGCGACUCCGAAUCUUGUCAACAAACCUGCGCGCAAGGAGCCUGCGAUAUCAAGUGCACAGCGAAAGAAUGCAAAAGUGAAUGCUUGGGAGGCAAUUGCGCCAAUUUCAAGUGCACUACUGGCCAAGGUAACUGCAGCCAGAUCUGCGAAAAAAACUGCACCAACAUGAGAUGCAAGGCAAAGGAGUGUCAACAGACCUGCACAAAGGGACAUUGCAAAAUGUAUUGUGAGAAGGGUUCAGGCAUGUGUGUUAUGUCCUGUCCUGGUGGAAAUUGCUUGUUGGAUUGCAAUGGAAGCAAGUGUAGACGCGACUGUAAAGGAGGCUAUUGCGAGAAUACCGGAACAGGUGUGGAAGUGAAGGACCCUACUGUAAACCCGUCAGUGCAGUCUACAACUCCUAAAGCUGACGCAAAAGGAUUGGUCGUCACGUAUUUGUCUUUCCUACUGCCUGUGAUGUCAGCAUAUGUCCUGUCUGGCCAUUAAUUCUGACAGUCCUGGAUAAAAACUUCGACCGAGAGUGAUACUUGUUAUGCGAGCACCAUACUUAAUGGCUCGGUUGUUUUUCAUUGAACAUUUUAGUUUUUGCACAGGGUUAGGAAUUUCAUAACAUUGGGUCAACUAAACUGUAAGUUGUAUUAGUUGAAGUUGUAUUAGUUGAAGUUGUAUUAGUUGUAUUAGUUGUAUUAGCAAAUGCUGCUGUUUUCGCUGAUUUAAAACAGGGAUGCGCGCACCUUACUCGGCAACCUACGUGUAGCCGUACCCUCCUCCUCAAAGUGAAACCUUGCGGGGGGAGAGUACGGCGUUGAGGUAAUUUUAAAGAAACGUAAUCGCUUUUGUAACCACUGUGUUUCUGACACCGCUAUACGCCUAAGGCUAAGAAUGAGUAGUUGAAUUAUAAUCCCAUCAUAAUAAAAGUUGACAAUAUUUCUAACGCAUCCCAUGAAAAGCUUUUACAUAGUUAUGAGAGUAUAAUCCUCUCUACGGAUCCUAGGUAAUGCAUAUGUUGAUUAGAUAUUUUAGAUGAUGUAAUAGUUCCCGUUUGUAAGGCAAAAUAAUGAAUAAAAUUCAUCAAUUUAAGCAUUCAUUCGAAGGUCACAGUGACCGCUGAAUUUGAUUAUUCUUCGUCCAACUCAACUUGAUUAUCAGGCAGCUAAAUACACAUGGAUAUAAAACAUUUAAACAAUCCAUUAACUAACAAUCAGCUAAACCCUCCAAUAUUUUUUCAUUAAUUUCAAUGGAAAAUGCAAAAUUUCUUUCAUUUCAAGGGAACCACAAAAUAUUUGUUUGAUAAGAGAGCAAAGUGAUAAAAUGGAAAGAAUCACCACAAAAGGAAUGCUUAUGGCGAAGGGUGGACAAGAUUGAUGUGUUUUUGACAAGCGAUCUGUUGUUCAUUUGCGUUGGACGCCUUGUUUUUUCAGUUGAACGUCAUCAUUUGGU